CGCUCGGAGUGACAUCACUUCCGCUUCCUCCCGCGCAGGAAGUUACUUCCGCUCCUCUUUUUGUGCGGCGUUUCGGUCUGACUGAGGUGAGGUGUCCUCGGAUCGCGGCGAGGCCGGCGCACCACAGCCAUGACGGAGGCUGAUGUGAAUCCGAAGGCCUAUCCCCUCGCAGAUGCCCACCUCACCAAGAAGCUGCUGGACCUUGUUCAGCAGUCCUGUAACUACAAGCAGCUUCGGAAAGGAGCCAAUGAAGCUACCAAAACCCUCAACAGGGGCAUCUCUGAGUUCAUUGUGAUGGCAGCAGAUGCUGAGCCCUUGGAGAUCAUCCUGCACCUCCCAUUACUAUGUGAAGACAAGAAUGUCCCCUAUGUAUUUGUACGCUCCAAGCAAGCCCUAGGACGGGCCUGUGGGGUAUCCAGACCUGUCAUCGCCUGUUCUGUUACCAUCAAAGAAGGCUCUCAGCUAAAGCAGCAGAUCCAGUCCAUUCAGCAGUCCAUUGAAAGGCUCUUGGUGUAGGCCUGUGGCCUGCCCUUUCCUGUCUGUCCCCAUCCUACUUGUGUAUCAUAUUGUCUGUUAGCAUGUAGUGUUUUCAGCCAGUUUCUAUUAUAAAUAUUGUACUACAUCUGG